AAAAGAUGCUCCAGCCAUUCCCUAUAAUUUAACUGUGACUGACAGCAGGAACAAGACAACCACAGUCAAUUACGUCCCUGAUACCUUAUCAAACCUGUAUGGCUGGAUGGUUCUCCUCUUGGAUAAAGAAACUUAUACAUUGACUUUUGACAACCCUUUGGUCAGCAAACAGCUCCAGUAUUCAGUGACAUUUAGCAACUUCACGACUGGGAAUUACUUGCUUGUGGAACACAAGGAUCUUCCUGCCCAUCCUGAGGUUGUGGUGUCCUGUGGGACAAGGACUGGACAGCCACUCCAAUUGCUGCCUUCAUAUGGACAUCACAGGAGCUGUGACUGGUAUCUUGACAGCAGACUGAGGAAGUUAACCUACUUGGUUGCAGGAGCUGAUUUAAUUCAGGUCACACUGAAAGAGAAGGAAAGAGUGGCUUUACCUACGCCAGUUCCUUCUGAUGCUGUCUUGAAAUGGUCGCAUCCAGAGUCAUGGAAUGAUGUGGAAAAAGGCUGGGGUGGAUUCAACCACAGCAUCCCAGGCCCUGGAGAAGAUGUCAUCAUUUUACCUAACAGGACCAUCCUGGUGGAUAUGGCUCUUCCCCCUCUGAGAGGUCUCUACGUCCUGGGGACCCUCGAGUUCCCCAGCAACUCCAGCAACGUCCUGAGUGCAGCCUGUAUCGUGGUGCUGGGGGGUACGCUGAAAGUGGGUUCUUUUCAACAUCCCCUAGAAAGGGAUUUAAAGCUGUUGGUCCUUCUUCGGACAUCUGAAGGGAUUUACUGUGAUCGCCUGGAGGAAAUAAAUGGCCACCCAGGGAGUAUUGGGGUUUAUGGAAAGGUGCAAAUUUAUAGUGCUUACCCUAAGACAUCUUGGACACAUCUGGGAACUAACGUUGCUCCUGGCAACGAAAGGAUUUUUGUGGAAGACGAAGUAGAUUGGAAACACAGUGGAGAUAUUGUGAUCAGCUCUUCCUCCUACGAAGCCCACCAGGCUGAAGUAGCUACACUUAAAGAAGUCAAUGGUCAUAGCAUAAGAAUUCAUGAACACCUUCUGCACAGGCAUAUUGGGCGUUCCCAUGACACAGAAGAUGGUAGACGCAUCCCUUUGGCUGCAGAAGUCGGACUCCUAACACGCAAUGUACAGAUCAAGUCUGAUGUGGCUUGCUCUGGGAGGAUGCUGGUGGGACGUUUUACAGACUCGAGUGGGACAGAGUUUGAAGGUGUCCUUGAACUCUUAAAUGUUGAAUUUUUGAACUUUGGGCCUCCUCAGCUUUCUGCCAUUGAAUUCAGCAAUAUAUCCCAAGGGUCCUUGGUGGUGUCAUCCAGCAUUAAUGGUAGCUGCGGAGCUGGCAUUAAAGCAGUGAUGAGCAGCUGGAUCAAGUUGCAAGAUAACAUGGUGUUCAACACAGUUGGACCUGGCAUUGAUUUGGAAGGACAAAACCAUUCUCUCGUGAGGAACCUUGUUAUUCUGAGCAGGCAGCCAGAAGGGUUAUUAAGUUGGGUUGCUGGCAUCAAGGUGAACCUUGUCAUCGGUGUCUCCCUCUGUGGCAAUGCUGUGGCAGGAUCUGAGCGAAUUGGUUUCCAUAUCAGGGGCCAAGAGUGUUUGCAAGAAAGAGACCUUUGCAGUGAAAAUGUGGCCCAUUCAAGUCUCCAUGGUAUCCAUCUGUACUGGGGAGAUGGAUUUCAGACCUGCACUAGAAUCACAGGUUUUCUGUCCUAUAAGAAUUACGACUAUGGUGUCAUGUUCCACCUUGGAAGCAGUGUCAUCAUGGACAAUGUGGUGCUGGUGGACAAUACUGUGGGUCUCCUGCCAGUAGUGUAUUGUCUUUAUGUCAAGCAAUGCCUCACGGGGAAAAGAUUCAUAGAACUUAGAAACUCUGUCAUUGUCGCAACGAGCUCAGCUUUUGACUGCAUCAGAGACAAGAUCAAGCCUCUCUCAGCUGAUCUAACAGCCAAGGAUCGACCACCAUACUACCCUCAAGGAGGCCGUGUUGGGAUUUUAUGGCCAACAUUUACCACUGUUCCCAGCCAAAGGCCUGAUAACCCAUGGCACAAAACUGGGCAUUGUCCAAAAGUCCUGGGACUCAUGAAACUGAAAGAAGUCACCUUUACUGGCUUUACAAAGAGCUGCUACAGUGAAGACAGGGAUGUCUGCAUCAUGUCAAAUCCUGACCCUUUAGGCAUCAUGCCUCUUAUCACAGCGGAGAGAUCAAGGAUGCCACAUAUCAAUGAGAAGGACAUGUUCUUCUUUAACCCAACAAGUGUACAGACCUCUGAAGAUACCGUGUUCCCUGAAAAGAGAUGCAAAGGCUCGAGGAAAGCCCUUUUCAAGGAUUUGGAUGGAAGUGUUCUGGACCUAGAACCACCUGUUUCUGUUUUCCCAGAGUCAGAAUUUGAAUGGACACAGUUCUACCUGCAAGCUGGAAUUUACAGAGAUGACAGCAAGUGUAUCUUCAAGCCCUCAGUACAAGGCUACUUCUGCAAACAGGCAGAUCAUGCACUUGUCAUCCUAGAAAACUUGGAUCCCACUAUGGUCAGCCAGAGACUGUUUCCAGUGGUAGCAAUGACUGGCAGCUUUAUGGACACCUUCAGUGACAUGACAUUGCAGGAAUAUUGUUAUACUGCAGAGCAUUGUUCUACUUUAUUUUCUGUGUUGCCAUCCACCAAACUCACGACAAUUUGCUUCCCAGAGCUAGCACCUCUGACUUUCAGACUUUAUCUCCUCAGUGGCCAUAACACAACCAGAGUGCCCCUUGCUAUAUUCUACAACGAACCACUCAGCCUCCGUAUUUUCAUUCAAGGGAAAUAUGUCUCUCCAACUCCAUCUUCUUUCUCACUGAAUGAAGGGGCGGGAGCCAAUUACUUUAGCUUUGAAGACAAUCUUCUCUAUGUUCUCCUGCACGAGAAGGAACCUGUAGAAAUAGUUGCUGGCCUUUCCCUUCUUGUGGCUUUCACUGUAACUGAGGCUCUUGGGGAAGAGGGUGAAGCAAGUACAAUACAUCGAUUAGCUGAUUUCUUGAAGAUUGAUCACGACCAAGUCAGAGUAGUCCAUCACGUGCUGGGAGGUGAAAGCAUGUUGAAGAAAGUGGGGAGAGGACCAGUGAGUACCCGAGCUCUGCAGCCAUCUGAUGAGGCUGGUCCAUCAAGAGUUCUCAUUAUUGAAGUUGGUGAUCCACCAGACCAUCCAAGAAAUGAGUUGACAAGUGACAGCUUAAAGAGUUUGGCCAGAACAAUUAUCAACACCCAUCAGACCGGAGACCUUCAGAGAGGCCUCGGCUUGCCAGUUGAUAACUUGAUGGUGACUCAGCCUGUCCCACUGUUUCCAGUAGAAGCCAACAACAGAAAUGGAAGCAGACACUACCCAAGAACAUGCCUGUAUGUGAAACCCUACAACAUCUCUGUUCAGGUGCAGCCUUCAGAUGGAGAAGUUGAGAAGCAGCUUCCUAUACAGCCAAAAAUCAUUUUCCUGGACAAGAAGGGUCAAAGAGUUGACAAACUUGGGCCUCCCUCAGAACCCUGGGUUGUAUCAGCUUACCUCAAGGGCUCCUCCGAGGCUGUGCUAAAAGGGCUCACCCAAGUGGAGGUCAUAGAUGGAUGUGCAAGCUUUUCCAAUCUGGCUGUCUCCAGCUCAGGCACAAACUGGAAACUUGUGUUCACUGUCACGUCACCUCCAGGGGCUAAGUUUACUGUGUUGUCUCAGCCAUUUACCAUCUUCCCUGUCACCAUGGGAGUGAAGGCCAGCAUGAUCCUAGUUGUCAUACUGAGUUCAGCAGCUUCUGCAUUUGUCCUCACUCUUGCCUUGUGCUGGUUCAAGAAGAGCAAAAGCAACAAAACGAAGACUGAACGAGCUGAUGUACCAAAGGCCAGUACCAAAGCACCCCAUAAACAAGCACCGUCUCAUGCAGCUCACGUCCAGCGCCGUUAUAAUCAAGGAGAAAAUAAAAGUGCUGUGUCUGUAGCAGGAGAUAUGGAAGGAAAUGGAGCAAUGGGGCAUGCCACAGGACAACUGGAGGACCUGAACCUGCAGCCCUGUGAAGCCAAGUCAGUGAGAAAGAUGAACACUGUCCAACGUAAGACAGGUGACAGAGACACCUUUUCUUCUGCUGGCAAAAGUCACCAACAGGUACAUAGAGUAACAUCUCCUGGUGACUCUCUGGAACUUCAGCAGCCAACAGUCCCAGGUUGCUCCAGACAGAAAGAUGUCCCCAAGCCUUCAGCUGGUUACAAGAAGGAGAGAGAGAAGACUGAACGGAUGCCCAAACCUCAGAAUGAUCUUGGAGAACAUGUUGCUGUGGUGGCAGCAGAGGUGUAAGAGAAUUGACAUGAGCUGGUGGACCACUGACAAAGCAAGCUUGCAGUCAAUGCAAAGUUGAGUCUUUGUCUCUGUGGUCAGAGCAAAACAUAAACAUAUUUGCACAGGGAACCAGACUGCAAAGCUGCACAUGUAUAAAUGAACCUGUUACCUGGUUUUCCAGCCAAAUGGGAGACUCUGACCAUGACUGUGGUGUUGACCUUUCUUAGCUUCCAAAGCAGUGUGGGUGCACCCAAACUGCCUGGUGUAAAUAGUCCAUCUGAUACCUCUAAAACUCUCUCCAAGAGUUGUUUGGGGGAGUGAUAUCUGGCUUGCUGGGUCAAAAGCACUCAGAGAUUAGCCCAACAAGUCAACAGUGCAGAUGGUUGGAUUCCUGGUACUUUUAUAUACUACCACUGAUGUAGUCUUAAUGUCUAGAGCAAUGUUGAUUGGUAUAUUUGCAUAUAAAUAAAUAUAUAUAUAUGAAUUUUCCCAUUCUUCCAAUCAUGCCUUUAGUUUCAUUCAAAGAACGUCAGUAUGUACAUAAAUAUUUUCCUUUUUCUGAGGAAAUACAAACAUGCAUUCCAUUUCACUAUGACUUGAGUAAGUUUCAUUCCUCCCCAGUUAAAUCUGUGCUGUUAUUUUUGCUUUAAUUAAAGUAUUUUACUGGGUUAAA